AUGUCUGCUUUUCUUACGAUACCGCAAUUCCGAAAUGUCACCAAGAGCCAUCUUGCGGGCCCUCAAGACCUCCUCAAGGGUUGUUCAACCCUACUUGAAGAGCAAGGGACAAUCGAAAAGGUCGUGAACGACCGAUUUAGUGGCAUCUACGCCGCCAAGUUCCCCCGUUCAACUCACAUCAUCAUGUAUGUCCAUGGCGGCGGCUUCGUGUCUGGUUCUCCGGAGGGGGUCGUAGGCUGGCUGCUCCAGCUGGCUGUUGAGCUCCAAGCUCGCGGUAUCCUUGCUGACGUCUUCUGCGUCCGCUAUGACCUUGCUCCUGAACACCCUUUCCCAGACGGGCUGCGGCAGAUCGUGGCGGCAUACGAAGAACUCGUUUCAAGAGAGGGCAAGCCCAUCAUUCUGGCCGGCGAAUCGGCAGGCGGAAACCUCUGCCUAGAUUUGCUCCGUCACCUCGUUGAUCCUCACCCGGAGAUUCCACCGGUGAAAGGAGGAGACGGCGGCGGGAAGGUUGUCGCCGCCUGUUUGACGUGUCCUUGGGUGGACCUUCGCAACGAGAGCGAGUCUUUUCAACGAAAUGCCAAGUACGACUGCUUGGAGAAGAAGGUUUUGAACAAGUGGCGCGAAGCCUACCUGGGAGGGCUGCGACCCAACGACAACUGGACGAGCCCCGUUGACUUCCCGGGAGAUUGGCGAGACAUGCUACCACCGCAUGGCGGACACAAGGGUCUCGAUUUACAUGUUGUCCCUCUGAAAGGACAUGCCUGGCAUUUGGUCGACUUUGGAGGCAUAGUUCCUGGAAAGGAAGCAGCCAAGGCCGAUACGGGCAAUGCCGAUAGCUAUAUGGGCGUCACGUUGCAUGCGGACUGGAUUGCCGAGAAGCUCCGACCCGCAAGUGCCUAG